AUGAGGAUGUUCGAAGCGAUGUUAGAGAUGGACGAGUUUAGGUUAGAAUUGAACAGCUAUUGGACGAACUACAAAAUGCAGCGACCGAGGCCAGGGACUUGCGACAACACUACCUUGUUUGUCGCUAUCAUGACCACCAGCGAUGUAAAGUCGUACAAACAAAGAAUGGCGAUCAGGAAGUAUGCGUUGGAUAGGGUGAGGUCUAGUACUCAAUAUAUACUACAGUAAAGAUCUAUAGUACUAGAUGUCGGCUAUGAGAAAGAUGGCUUAGUACUUGACAGAUACUAUACCACUUGCUAUAGUACUUUUGACAAACUUAAUAUUUUAGGUAAAAGGCCAAGGAGUUGUCGCCAAGUUCUUCCUCGGCCAUCAGCCUGGCUUCAGGUACGACCUUGUGAAGGACGAGAUGGAGAAGUACGACGACAUGGUCUACUUCGACUCGGACGACAAUUACCGUAACAACUUUGUCAAAUGGUACGCCAUGUACCAAUACCAUCAACGGUACUGCUCUCAGGCCAAGUAUUUUGUCAAAAUCGACGACGACACAGCGGUCGAUUGGAAAAGAGUCAUCAAAUGGACGGAGCGACACUUCGAUGGAGCUGUAGAGGGAAAGAAGGACUUCCUGGUAUGUCAACGUUUCAUCGGGAUGCGACCGGUCAGAAACAAAGAGCACAUCAAGUGGUACAUCAGCCCGAAGGAGUACAAUCACAGGUUCUGGCCAACAUAUUGUUAUGGGUACAUCGUUCUAAUGACGAACUCUACUGUCGCCAAACUGUCGGAAGCUUCAAAAGGAAUGCCAUUGAUUCACAUGGACGAUGUCUUAUAUACUGGACUGGCAGCUAGGGCUGCCAAAGUACCAGUUUAUGACUUCGAAGGGUUCAGAGAGAGUGUAAGUGGAUUACUGUAGUUUUUGGAGCAAUAUAUUAAAUUGUAGUACUAUAUAUCUGAGUAGUUAAGUACAGUAUACCUAAGAGUACUUACAACAUUUUUCGUCGCAAAACGUUUGACAUUCUUUGUCGCUACAUCUUUAUGCCCUUCCUAUGUUAGUGUCUCUUGUUACAUGACUUCCCUAUGUUAAUGUCAAGUUUAAUAUCUCUUUCCAGAUCCAUCCCCGAUAUCCCUGCACCGAAGAUGGAUUACCCUACCCAACGGCGAUCCAUCUACAGAAAACCCCCAAAGCGAUGGCUAGAACAAUUGACAAGUUAGUGUCUUUGAACUGCGACAACGACGAUCUUUACGCUCCUUAA